CUCGUACUUUCCGACAGGUCGUAUAAGCCUUCCUUUACUUACAGAGUCGAAGGGGUCUCAUCUACACCUAUCGCUGUCACCCUCGAACUGGACGAAAUGAGAUAUGGCCAGCCUUGGCGCACGCAUUUUGUGAUCUCUGUGGACCAGCAACGAGUAUUUGACGCCUUCAAUAAUGAGGAAAUCGCUUCCCCAGACGAGAUUGCGAAACAACUUCGGGAGCUGAAGAAUGCGGCUUUCAAACAUGCUCGAGGAACUCGGCAGAGUAGGCUUCUCAUAUGGCAACAAAAGAGGCAAAGUGAGCAGGAGGAAAGACGACAGAAGGAGGAGGUGAGUCUGUUGUUCUAUAAGUGCCUCGUGGAGCAUGGAGCUAUCAAACACUCUGAUCUCCCCAGUCAACCUACAUAUACUUGCCCGGUAUGCAAGGGACCAGAGGAACUCGUCAAAUGUCUCAACUGUGGUCUUCUCUGCUGCGUAGUCUCCUCUUGUCCCAGCCAUUCCAUCGAUGGACUCAAAUAUUGUAUCAACCACCAGGAUACUCGUUAUUGCCGGAGUCGCAUCGGCACUGGCAACGACGCAAAGCUGAGGACGUGUCCUGUCAAACAGUGCAAGACAUGGACCUGCGAGAAGGACUGGGAAUGGUGUCUUGGCCGUCCUCUGCUUGCAAUGUCGAGUUCUACUGUUGAAAUAGAUGAUGGUCCUUCUUCCUUGGUCCAGACAUGCAUUCUUCGUGCAAAUUCUUCAGCUCUUGCGCCUUGCUCUUCCCAUUCUGCGUGGACCAAAUAUGCCUCGAAAAAGUGCUGGUCCAAGAAAGUCCUCGAAACAUGGAUGGGAUCUUGCAAGAUGGUGGUGUGCCCAGAUUGCGGAACUCCCGGAGAGGCCUGCUGUACGGGCUGCUCCUGGAUUUGCGCUCUUUGCGCGUCCAAGGAGAUCAGUCCGAUAUGGAACUGUCUACGCUGUCUUGAUGCGUUGUGCAACGACUGUGACAUCAUAAAUCGUUGCUUUGGCUGUGGAAAGUCUGAAUGGUGUUUACUGUGCCAAAACGAGUUUGGCAAAGGAGAGAAAGGUUAUAAUAAUCCAUCGUCGACUAUCAAGGGGAGCAAACCAAGAGGCGUAGCCCGAAACAAAUCAGCCGGAGAUGUGCCGAAGUUUCAUUGGACAUGUCAUACAUGCCACUCGGCUCUUUGCAGGACAUGUUCACUGAAUCAACGGCUCUCUAUCCUCUGCGAGUAUUGUGACAAAGAGUUCUGCGGUGACUGCAUCUUUUACGCUACAUGCGGUCUAUGUCACAAAAAUAUAGCGCGUUGCAUCGACUGCAGCCUGGGGGAUAACAACAGUAGUUGCUGUAGUGCACCUACCUUUUCCUAACUUCUGGGCGAACAGCGGACAAGCUCGUCGUACGUCUCGGAAGGAUUUUUUAACUGUUCUUAUGAUAACAACGUGUACACUACUGUAAAAUGAAGCGAUUGCAUAUGACUCCGAGAAAGCUUGUUCAAGUCAGUACUAGUAACAGAAACCUGUC